GACUCCGUGCUGAAGAUGUGAAUGUGGGACUCACAGCUGCAAGUAUGAUCCCAGGGGCAGUGAUGGAGAAAGCUACCUAUGUAAUUCAUUUGACAACUCCGUUUUCCUGCUUUCUGUUGGUCAGGUUUGCUAGGUUCCCAAGCAAGGGCAGGAAGAGUGGAGAGGCGCGUGUGAUAGGUGCAGCCUUCUGAGUCACCACGAAGGAAGUCAGCAGUGCGCGCGGAGCCGGAACCAUUGCCACACUCGGAGUCAAUGAGGGAUGGACGUGUGAUUAUGCUGACAUUCCAGCAUGAAUCUGGUAGACCUGUGGCUAACUCGUUCCCUCUCCAUGUGUCUCCUCCUCCAGAGUUUUGUUCUGAUGAUACUGUGCUUCCAUUCUGCCAGUAUGUGUCCCAAGGGCUGUCUUUGUUCUUCCUCCGGGGGCUUAAAUGUCACCUGUAGCAAUGCAAAUCUCAAGGAAAUACCUAGAGAUCUUCCUCCUGAAACGGUCUUGCUGUACCUGGACUCCAAUCAGAUCACAUCCAUCCCGAAUGAGAUUUUUAAGGACCUCCACCAGCUGAGAGUUCUCAACUUGUCCAAAAACGGCAUUGAGUUCAUUGACGAGCACGCUUUCAAAGGAGUCGCUGAGACCUUACAGACUCUGGACCUGUCAGACAACCGGAUUCAAAGCGUGCACAAAAACGCCUUCAAUAACCUGAAGGCCAGAGCCAGAAUUGCCAACAACCCCUGGCACUGUGACUGCACGCUCCAGCAGGUUCUGAGGAGCAUGGCGUCCAAUCACGAGACGGCGCACAAUGUGAUCUGCAAGACCUCCGUGUUGGAUGAGCAUGCCGGGAGACCGUUCCUCAAUGCUGCCAAUGACGCUGACCUUUGUAACCUCCCUAAAAAGACCACCGACUAUGCCAUGCUUGUCACCAUGUUUGGCUGGUUCACCAUGGUGAUCUCUUACGUGGUCUAUUAUGUGAGGCAGAACCAGGAAGAUGCCCGGAGACACCUUGAAUACUUGAAAUCCCUGCCAAGCAGACAGAAGAAGGCAGAUGAACCUGAUGACAUUAGCACUGUGGUAUAAUGCCUACGCUGACUGGCACUGAGGAAGUAGUUUCUGAUGGUAGUAGAAUAAAUAAGUGGUUCGCUUCUCCUUCCCAUUGUACACAUUUCAACCUUUGUAUUCAGUUUCUUUGGACUCAUACCACUGUUGAGCUUUUCACAAACACUCUAACAUAACAAAUAAUUUUAGUUUAGGUGACCUCCCCCCCCCCCUUAGUUGUACCCCUGGUGGUAUCCUCCUGAGUAAGCAACUCCCUCUGAACAUUAGUUAGACCCAUCUCACUAUUUAAUAAUGAAAUUUAUUUUUUUAAUUUAAAACCAAAUAAAAGCUUAACUUUGA